UUGACUAGUGCAACCAGUUCAGCAGAAAAUAAAUAAAUUGUGACAUUACUUUGCAAAAAUAUUUGGCUCCUGUUUUAAAUAAGAUAGGGGAUAGCAUCAUUAAAUUGAAAAAAAUGAUUAAAUUAAUGCAGGAUAUUAAUCUGGAGGAUUAUACUCUUAUUUUGCCGUCAGUGGCGGUUGGAAACGUUGGGCAAUUAUCCGUCGACUUGCUUAUUUCAAAUCUUAACCUUCAAAAAAUUGGUCAAAUCUUCAGCGCGGCGUUUGUGCCUAUCGUCGGCGCAAACGCUUAUCACGAAUGCUCAAGCGAGCUUAUUACAGCAAUCGAUGUCUAUGCGGGAUUCAAGGAACAUGUUGUCGUCGUGCAGAUCCGUUCGCCGUAUGUGGGAGAGCUAAUCGAAUUUUUCGACGAACUGGCGCGAUUUAUUACUGAAAGAAAAAUAGCUAAAGUAAUAAUUCUUGCGAGCAGUUAUGAUUAUGAAAAGAGAGAUAUCCAGCCACAGCAUCUCAAAUUGAGAUACAUCGCAUCUUCUAGCAUACAAUCUGAGAGUGGUCAAUUUUUCGAUGAGCUCAAUUGGAUUUCACAUAAACCAAAAGUUACAUCUGAUACAAGGGAAGAAGGAAAGUUACAGAUACCAGGAGGUGGAUUUGCAAAGAGUAUCUUUAACUUUUUAUCACAUGCUAAUAUUCCUUGUGCCAUCUUGUUCAAAUUCUGUUCCGAGGGAGAUAAUAUCGCAGAUGCGAUAGCUCUGGUGUGUUACUUAAAUCAAUGGAUACAAGUGUUAGAAACAAACAAUGAUAGUAAUUUAAAGUAUCCACCAUCUUGGAAACACCUAUUUGGGAAACCGCCACCACAUGACAUAUAUUAAACAUAUUGUAAUGUUCUGUUACUUUGUUAAUUUUAUAAUAUAUUUUUGCUAAAAGUACAUACAAACUAUAUCCAAUGUAGAGUUUGACAAAUUAUGAUAAGAUAAAGAUAAGAUAAUUUAAAAUAAGAUAAAA